UCUCCCUCCCUCCCGGCGUCCCGGAACCAGCCCCGCCGCCGCCGCCGCCUCCUGCCCCGGCCCGCCGGCAGCAUGUCAGCUCCCGGCGCCGCCUCCCGCAGGUGACACCCGCCCUUCCGCCGUCGCCGCCUGCCCUCCUAUAUGGGCCACCUGCUCUCGAAGGAGGCAAGGAGCCUGAGUCGGGACCGCCGCCACCCGCGGGGGAAGGUGUCGCCGCCGCGCAGCCGGAGCUGUUUCCUGCGCGGACCCUGCAUGCUCUGCUUCAUCGUGCACGGCGCCAGCCCGCCCGUCCCGGAGCAGCCACUGUCCGCCGGGGACCCGCUGCUGCCGCCGCCCUACGUGUCGCUGACCGCCGCGGAGCAGCGCGUCGCCCGCCGCCUCCUGCGCCUGGCACCCGCCGCCUGGGAGCCGCCGGGCCGCUGCCAGCGUCUCUUCCUGUCCGGCCUGCUGCCCUCGCCGGUGCGGGGCCUCCUGGGGCCACCCGGCGAGGUGUCCUCCGAGAUGGUGUGCAAGCGCAAGGGGGCCGGGCUGCCCGCCUGCCCGCCCUGCAAGCAGCCGCGCUGCGCCGCCGCCGAGCCCGAGCCCGGCGCCUGCCAGUGCCCGGCGGAGCCGCAGCUGCUCGCUCUGCCCGGAGCCGCGGGGGAGAGCGGCGGGGGCACCGCCGGGCAGAGCGGCGGGGGACAGCCCGCCUCGCCGCCGCCUCCCGCGCCCCAGGAGGAGAAGGAGCAGGGCCGGGAGGAGGAGAAGGAGCGUGGCGGCGAGGCGGGCUGUGAGGAGCCGCUGGAGUACCCCGGCGACAGCUGCCGGGAGCCGCCGCCGGCGUCCACCCCUGACAUCAACSAGCUGCCACCUUCCAUUCUUCUCAAGAUAUUUUCCAACUUAUCUCUGAAUGAGCGCUGUCUUUCAGUGUCAUUAGUCUGUAAAUAUUGGCGUGAUCUCUGUUUAGAUUUUCAGUUUUGGAAGCAACUGGAUCUCAGUAGUCGUCAGCAGGUCACUGAUGAGCUGUUGGAAAAAAUAGCGUCAAGAAGCCAGAAUAUUACUGAAAUCAAUAUUUCUGAUUGCCGCAAUGUAUCUGAUACAGGAGUAUGCAUAUUAGCAAUUAAAUGUCCUGGGCUCCUAAGGUAUACUGCCUACAGGUGUAAACAGCUUUCUGACACCUCUAUUAUUGCCGUUGCCUCUCAGUGUCCUCUUCUUCAGAAAGUGCAUGUGGGCAAUCAAGACAGACUCACUGACGAAGGCCUGAAACAGCUCGGUUCAAAAUGCAGRGAAUUGAAAGACAUACAUUUUGGGCAAUGUUACAAGAUCUCAGAUGAAGGAAUGAUCAUUAUAGCUAAAGGAUGUUUGAAGCUGCAAAGAAUAUAUAUGCAAGAAAACAAAUUAGUGACAGAUCAGUCGGUAAAAGCUUUUGCUGAACAUUGCCCUGAGCUGCAGUAUGUUGGUUUCAUGGGCUGCUCUGUUACUUCAAAAGGCGUCAUCCACCUUACCAAUCUACGAAAUCUUUCAAGCUUGGAUCUACGUCAUAUCACAGAACUGGACAAUGAAACCGUGAUGGAAAUAGUAAAGAGAUGCAAAAACCUUAAUUCUCUCAAUCUGUGUCUGAACUGGAUCAUUAAUGACAGAUGUGUGGAGGUGAUUGCCAGAGAAGGACGGAACCUGAAGGAGCUGUAUUUAGUAUCCUGUAAGAUCACAGACUAUGCUCUGAUAGCCAUUGGGCGGUACAGCAUGACAAUAGAGACAGUGGAUGUUGGAUGGUGCAAAGAGAUCACAGACCGUGGAGCCACCCAGAUUGCUCAGCGCAGCAAAUCCCUCAGAUACUUGGGACUGAUGAGAUGUGAUCAGGUGAAUGAGGCCACAGUGGAGCAGCUGGUGCAGCAAUACCCUCACAUAACCUUCAGUACUGUGCUACAGGAUUGCAAGAGAACACUGGAGCGGGCUUAUCAAAUGGGCUGGACACCCAACAUGUCUUCUGGCUCUUAACCUCCUGUACCAACACGUUUCAUUCUGCUGCAUUCAGUAGAUCUAAUGGGGAUUGCAGAAGGGUUUAUGAAAACCUUUCCUAUGAUGCAAUAUAGUUGUGAGUUUACAGAGGUUACAGUAAAAUGGCAAAAAGCUGUACACUGACUUUAACAUACUGUACAACUAAGUACAAAUAUUGAAGCAAAACUUUAGAAAUGCUUUGUGGUUUUAUUUGCAUAAAAGUUAUAAAAGCCUUUGGCAAAUUUCUUGAAGUGGAUUCCUACUAGUUCUCUGGAUAGUUUGAGUUAUAGAUGUUAAGCUUGUUUUCCUCUUGUUUACUUUGCCUUGGUCAUGUAUGUUUCCUUUGAUCUGUAAAUGGUAACUCAGUGCUAGCACCAGUGCAGUUGAUCAACAGGGGCCUGUGUUGAAACUGGGAACUAAACUUGAUGCUUUUUAUUUACUAAAGCUACCCCAGAGGUCUUAGAAUAAAAGUAAUAAGAAUAUCUACAGUGAAUUACCUUUUUUUAUCACUAUCUUUAAUUUUUUCUUUUAUUAUAAGAAGUUGUAGCCACAUUAAAAUCUUCCCACCUCAACAUUUUAAUAACGAGUAGCAGUGCUUAACCUAACAAUAAUAAUUAGCUAGAUUCAUGAAGACAAAGAAUAGUUGAAURCACCAAAUAUCAGAAAUAAGUUAACAGUGUUUAUUGUAUUUGGCUGAAAAAAAUUACUGUCCAUUUUAAGUGAACUUGUCUCCUCUGACUAUGCUAUUUUGUUGAUGAAUUGGAAAAUUCAGAUGGAUGGCUGUAAAUCAUCAAUAACAGGAUUUCUCUCAUUUCCUGUGUGGUUGUUGUUUUAGAAUGGAUUUUGAAAUGACAAGAGUACUUACCUUGAGAAGGCCAUCUAUACAUGAGUCCCACCACGGGGUAUCAUUCUGUAGGAUCAGAUGCUUCUUAAUACAGUGAGAGCAAGAAAAUGU